CGCGAGUCGAGUGGAGGGGAAGAAGUUCCUGGAUCUCACCGACGUCCUGGUCUACACCUUCACCGAGAGAGGAGCAGUGUCCGUGGCUGCGGAGAUUCUUCGAGAGAUCGACUGCAACCAAGAAGCAGAAAGACUCGGUUCUGGUCCAAUCCAGUUGUGGCAGUUUUUACUGGAACUACUUCUGGACUCGGCCUGUCGUACCUUCAUCUCCUGGACGGGAGACGGCUGGGAGUUCAAGAUGUUGUUCAAGACAAACAAACACAGAUUAAAUCAUAACGUCUUUGUGGAGAUCCUUCAGCGUCUCCGUUUCGUGACGACCAAAACCAACGAGGGCCACUCCCUUUUUGCCUGGCUGGAGGGAUCUCUCUUGGGCUCUAUCAACCCCACGAUGAAAUCUGACUUCUCCCAAAACCUCAGGCACGUGAAGGCAGCACACUUCAUUCACUUUCACUUUCGGAGGCAUCGGGUCAGAAGCUGUGUCGGUGAACCGUGUCGGUGAACCAUGGCGCCUAAAAGCGCGAAGAAGCUUUUAGCGGACACGCUGGAGGAUCUGUCCGAGCAGAACCUGGUGAAGUUCCGCCACCAGCUCUUGGACCGCCGGGAGGAGCCUCGGGUCAGACGCAGCCGAGUGGAGGGGAAGAACUUCCUGGAUCUCACCGACGUCCUGGUCUCCACCUUCACCGAGAGAGCAGCAGUGUCCGUGGCUGCGGAGAUUCUCCGAGAGAUCGACUGCAACCAAGAAGCAGAAAGACUCGUUGAGGAGUUCGCUAAACUAUCCUCAAACUCUGGAUCCAGUGACGAAAAGCACUUUGUGGACAAACAUAAACUUCAGCUGAUCAGCAGAGUGAGCUGCAUUGAACCAAUUCUGGAUGAGCUAUUGGAGAAAGAUGUCAUCCAGCAAGAAGCUUAUGCUAAAAUCCGGGCUCUGUUGACUUCUCAGGAGAAGAUGAGGGAGCUCUUCUCUACAUCCCUGAGAGCCAGUGAAACCUGCAGAGACAUCUUCUACGAAAUCCUGAAGAAAAAUGAACCGUAUCUCGUAGAGGACCUGCAGGGAAAAUAGAAAAUGUGAUGGUGAAAUCCAUUUCUUGACCAAACAUGACUUGUGUCUUGUCCUUUGACUUUUUUUUAAAUUCGUAAUCAUUGAUGACGUAUUAAUGUUAAUGCAUUGUUUUUCUACUUGGAUUUUUUAAGGUUUAUCAGAACUGCUUUUGAUUUUAGUCUUAAUUUUUGAACAAUCAUAUGUUAUGAGGCUCCCUGUCAGGUUUAACACAACAUGUAGAAUCAUGAAAAAUGAAUUGUGAGAACAAACACACUUUUAUUACGAUUAAAAACAGUUUCAAACUC